GGCUCGCACUCAUCUGGCUUUAGAGGAAGGUGUUCAUCUUUAUGCCUCAAAGACCCAGGAGACGAGACUGCGUAGGAUAGGAUAACUGGGCCUUCCUAAUCCAGUAAUCCUUCUCCCGCGGCAUUCUUCACAUCCGAUUCCUUUUCCAUCGCCCCGGACGCAGGCACGCGCGCCGGCAUUUCUUGGGGAAGACGCUUCGGCGCCGCUGUCGCAUUCACGGGCGCAUCUCCGUGCCGUCCCGAAUCAUGCUUUUCCUUCCGUCCCAAGGUCCAAGCUGUCGUGUCGACGGUGCCGCCACCUCGGUAGCCAGUUAGGUAGGUGAGGGGAGGGAAGGUAACGACCGCCUACCUUACGCGGCUUUCCUUCCACUCCCCUGUUUUGACUUCUUGCCAUUCGCUGGGUAGCUGCUGCUGCUGCUGCGGGGACGGGAUUUCUGGGUUGGAUGAGAUGAGGAGGCGCUGCAGCUGGCUCUCGUCUUUGUUCCGCCCUCGCCGGGCUGACCGCUCGCUCCCGCAACCAGAUCCACAGGGUCCCGAUUCCGAGCCCAAGGCCUUGCAGUAUAUAGGAUUUUGGUGAUUUCAUUAGCAUAGCCAAUCAGCUGUUGAUUUGGUUUCCCACUGAACAAAGAUUCAAGAUCUCACUCAGCUGAAGUCGUCUCUAUCAAUACUGGUGAAGCCUCCUAGAUCCAAAUGUAGCCCAUUGGGUUUGGGAGAUUCCAAGACAUGUUGGGCACUCGAGUGCAGUAGACCAUGCAGAACUUUUGAGAAGAUCAUACAUAACUUUUUCGUAUGUUUUAGCUGAAGCAUGUGCCAGCUGUGUCGAUCCAUCAGCGAUUACUUCAAAUAUCACAACUAUCCUCCUCGACUAGAAAGGCCUGCUAUGUGCAGAAGGCUGAGCAGGCAAUAGAUAAGCACAGUGCUUCUGAAGAAGUUGUAAUGGAUAACAUUCUGCCAAACAGUGAUUUUUCUGAAGGUUUACAUUUGUGGCAAUCAAAUAGUUGUCAUGCAUUUGUAGCCGUUGAAGGAUCAGGUUACCAUUAUGGUGUAAGGCCACAUUCAGGGUCAACCUAUGCUGUUCUUACUCAUCGCACACAGAGUUGGCAGGGGCUUGAGCAGGACAUAACAGAAAAGGUCACCCUUGGUACCGAGUACUUUGUUGCUGCAUAUGUUAGAGUUCAUGGGGAAGUUCAUGAGCCCAUUGGAGUUCAGGUCACUCUCAAACUUGAGGAGGACGGUUCUUCUACCAACUAUCUUUCUAUUGCAAGGAUUUUAGCCUCACAAGAACGCUGGGAAAAGGUGGAAGGUUCGUUUAAUCUAACAACUCUACCGAGACGUUUGGUGUUCUACCUUGAAGGCCCCCCUCCUGGUGUGGAUUUGCUCAUAGAUUCGGUCACCAUCUCCUACAAGAAAACAGCUUCAUCAGUUGGUGGAACAGAGAACAUCAUUUUAAAUUAUGAUUUUUCGAAAGGCCUUCAUCCUUGGAAUCCCAUCCGCUGCCAUGCAUAUGUGGCAUCACAAUGGUCUGGUUUCCUUGAUGGUAUUAGAGGGAACUCAGGAGAGAACUAUGCUGUUGUUUCAAAGAGAACAGAACACUGGCAGGGUCUUGAACAAGAUAUUACAAAUCAAGUGUCUACAGGCACUGUUUAUGUCGUUUCUGCUUUCGUUAGAGUUGAUGGGAUUGUUCAAGGCCAGGUUGAAGUCAAAGCAACCCUUAGGUUGCAAAAUGCAGAUGGAUCAACACAUUAUAACCCUGUUGGAAGUGUGGUUGCCUCAAAAGAAAAGUGGAACAAAUUGGAAGGUUCCUUUUCUUUAACAAACAUGCCAAAAAAUGUUGUAUUUUACCUGGAAGGACCUCCUGCUGGUGUGGAUCUUGUCAUUGAUUCUGUCACUGUUGCUUGCUCCAGACAUAAACAGUCAAAAGAAGUAAAAGUACCAAGUGGAGUUGAGACUAUAAUUAAAAAUCCUCACUUCGAAGAUGGGUUAAAAAAUUGGUCAGGAAGAGGAUGCAAUAUCUGCAGACAUGAGUUCAGUGCAUAUGGGAAUGUCCGGCCUUUAAAUGGCAGCUAUUUCGCUUCGGCGACUGGACGGGUUCACAAUUGGAAUGGCAUCCAGCAAGAGAUCACGGGCAGGGUGCAGCGGAAAGUUCUUUAUGAGAUCAGUUCUGCUGUUCGAAUAUUUGGGAGUGCCAAUGAUACUGAAGUGCGUGCUACUCUGUGGGUACAAGAAUAUGGUCGUGAGCGAUAUGUGGGACUGGCCAAAAACCAGACUUCUGAUCAGCAAUGGACACAUUUGAAAGGAAAGUUCCUCCUUCAUGCUCCCUUUACCAAAGCUGUUAUUUUCAUAGAAGGGCCUCCUGCUGGAAUUGACAUUCUUGUAGAUGGUCUUGUCUUAUCUCCAGCAAGAAAGCUCCAAGCUGCACCAUGCCCAAAAAUUGAGAAUGUUCUGUAUGGAACUAAUCUAUUGCACAAUAAUGGCUUCACUCGUGGGCUUUCUGGGUGGAGUCCUAUGGGUUCAUGUCGAUUGAGUAUCCAGACUGAAGCACCCCAUAUGUUACCUUCUAUCUUGAAAGACCGUGCAAGCCAGAAGCAUAUAAGUGGUCAUUAUAUCCUUGCCACGAACCGCACAGAUGUUUGGAUGGGUCCUUCGCAGGUCAUAACUGAUAAGCUAAGAUUGCAUGUCACUUACAGAGUAUCUGCUUGGGUACGAGUUGGUUCUGGAGGACAUGGACGUCACCAUGUAAAUGUCUGUCUUGCUGUGGAUAAAAACCAAUGGGUCAAUGGUGGGCAAGUGGAUGCUGAUGGGGAUCAAUGGUAUGAAAUAAAAGGAGCAUUCAAACUUGAAAAGCAGCCAUCCAAAGUUACUGCAUAUGUUCAAGGCCCUCCUGCAGGUGUUGAUAUCAGAGUCAUGGACUUUCAAAUAUAUGCCGUCGACAGAAAAGCACGGUUUGAGUAUCUGAAGGAGAAAACAGACAAGGUAAGAAAGCGUGAUGUUGUUCUAAAGUUCCAAGGAUCGAAUGCAGUGAAUCUUCUAGGUUCAUCUUUGAGGAUACAACAGACCGAGAAUAGCUUUCCAUUUGGAUCUUGCAUCGCGAGACACAACAUUGAGAACGAGGAUCUUGCUGAGUUUUUUGUGAAGAACUUCAAUUGGGCUGUAUUUGAGAAUGAAUUGAAAUGGUACCAUACAGAAGCAGAACAAGGGAGACUUAAUUAUAAAGAUUCUGAUGAGUUGCUUGAGUUUUGUGAGAAACAUAAGAUACAGGUUCGUGGCCACUGUUUAUUCUGGGAAGUGGAAGACGCUGUCCAACCUUGGGUUCAGUCAUUGCAAGGUCACCACUUAAUGGCUGCCAUCCAAAAUCGUUUGCAAAGCCUAUUGUCAAGGUACAAAGGUCGAUUUAGACAUCACGAUGUUAACAAUGAGAUGCUACAUGGGUCUUUCUAUGAAGACAGAUUGGGAAGGGACAUUAGAGCUUACAUGUUCAGAGAAGCACAUAAGCUUGAUCCUUCUGCUGUCCUAUUUGUUAAUGAUUACAACGUCGAAGAUGGAUGUGACACAAAAUCUACCCCCGAGAAAUUGGUUGAGCAGGUCGUUGAUCUCCAAGAUAGGGGCGCUCCAGUUGGUGGGAUCGGUGUGCAAGGUCAUAUCAGCCAUCCGGUAGGAGAAAUCAUAUGUGAUUCCCUGGACAAGCUCGCCAUACUGGGUCUCCCGAUCUGGAUUACUGAGUUGGAUGUCACAGCAGAGAACGAGCACAUACGAGCUGAUGAUCUAGAGGUGUUCCUCCGGGAAGCAUUUGCACAUCCUGCUGUGGGGGGAAUCAUCCUCUGGGGAUUCUGGGAGAUGUUUAUGUUUCGAGAGCACGCCCAUCUGGUCGAUGCUGAUGGGACAAUCAACGAGGCUGGCAGGAGGUACCUUGCUCUCAAACAAGAGUGGCUGACCCGUAUGAACGGCAGUGUCGAUCACCAAGGAGAGUUUAAGUUCAGAGGAUACCAUGGUUCGUACACAGUGGAAGUGAACACGCCUUCAGGCAAGGUAGCUAGAUCGUUUGUUGUUGACAAGGAUAGCCCGGUUCAGGUGAUCGCUCUGAAUGUUUAAUGUGUGGGAAAUCAUGCGCGUGUCCUGUAUUUUAGCGAUGUACUGAGGUGUUGAACACAGAUAGUUUCAUAGCUGAUGCCACGCCUUCAGUGUACAGAAUAUUUUCACGUUUAUUCUCUGUUCUAUUUUUUGGGUGAUUAUAACGCGAUAUUUACAUUACCAUA